GUCCCGUGCGGAGGAUGAAGGCAGCAGGACGCUGCAGCCGGCUGAGCUCUUUGGCAGCGUUGAAAUAUGCUGUGGUGGGACUCUACCUCCUCGUCUUCCUCAUCCUCAUCGGAGUCUUCAUCCUCGCAGUCUCCAGACCGCAGACUUCCCCCGAGGACCUGAAGGCCCUGAUGGGGAACGUCAACCGCCUCAACGAGAGCUUUCGGGACAUGCAGCUGAAGCUGCUGCACCUACCUCUGAAAGGGGACGUGCUGGAUCACAUCUGGAGGCUGCAGGACCUCCUGCAGAACCACUCGGACUCCUUGUUCCUCAUGACGGGGUCACUGCAGAAGCUGGAAGGGCUUCUCUGGAGCCUGCAGACCCAAGCCAGCCAAACGGACAAGGCAGUGUCCAACCUCUGGGACAGCUUGUCCCAGCAGAACGACGCGGCUCAGCAGGAGAUGUACAAGCUCUCCGUGGAAGGCAACAGCAGCCGGCUGCUGCUGCAGCACCACGACCGCCUCCUGAGCCACCUGGGCAGCAGGGUGGAGAGCCUGAGCGAGCAGGUGACGGCCGUGAACGGGGCCAUGGACACCAUGAACAGGACCUUCUCCUACGACGUGAACAUCCACCAUACCCGCAUCCAGGACCUGCAGGUGCUGAUCAGCAACGCCACAGAAGAUGCCCGGCAGAUGCGCCUCAUCCACAUCGCCAUGGAGGAGCAGCUGAAGCACGAGCUGGCCAUCCUCAACAACGUGACGGAGGACCUGCGGCUGAAGGACUGGGAGCACUCCGUGGCGCUGAAGAACAUCUCCGUGAUACGGGGGCCACCAGGACCCAAAGGAGACCAAGGCAAUGAAGGGAUGGAGGGUGAACCUGGGCUUCCUGGCUUGCCUGGGCUUCGAGGGCUACCAGGGGAGAGAGGACCACCAGGACCACGUGGCUUGAAAGGCGACCAAGGAGACCUUGGCCCCCCAGGUCCAGUGGGGAUGCGAGGAUUCAAAG